AUGGCCGACAAUCCGGACCCUCAAUCAAUAUGCUUUGUGCCAUUACAUCACUUCACAACUAGAUCUCAGCCCAAAAUGCUCAUUACCCUCUCGUUAAACAAGAUCUUGGAAGGACCCCAAUACAAAAUAUGCUGUCAAUGA